AUGUCGGAGCCCUCUGGGCCGAUCAGAGCCGAGUACGAAACGGUUUACUCGAAAAGACUAAGAGAACGUAUAAACUCUAAAAAACAACCCACGUUAAAUGUGAACGUAGCUAGAAAACGAACUUCAAGCAACAGCCCGAAGAUUCUAAAGGCCAAAAACCAUCACCCCUACAAAACUGUAAGUACCAGAGAGAACACAGUAAUAAGUACUAACUUGGGAUCAGAAAACAAGUUACGAAGAGACCCCCUGUCAAAAAUGUUUUCAAAAAAAAGCUUGGAGAAAACUGUUGAAGCUCCAGACGAAAGUGAUUCAGACAAAAUCGCCCACCAAACAAAUAAAGACUGCCCAGGGGCAGUCUCUGAACUCGCCGAAUGCACAACAAGCCGGAAUAAUCAAAAUGAAAGCUGGUACGAAAGCCUGUUGAAAGACGAGGAAAGUAUGGAGAAAACCCCGGCGGCCAGCGGCUACGUCGGCGGCACAUUAAAAAAAACUGAAAAUCUCAGAGCAUUCUCGAAAAGUAAGGAGAAAGAUGAUCUCACCAGCGCUGAGAAACCAGAAAGCUCAGAGAAAUCAGUCAGAUAUGUGAAAAGUAUGGAGAAAAAUGAUGGUACAAAUAAAGCAAACAAAAGUUCGGAGAAAACUAUUAGUACCGAUCCCAAAGACCACAGAGCACACUUACAAAGUAUGGAGAAAGACGAUUCUCACAACGCCGAGGAACUAGACAGCUCGGAGAAAAGUGAUAGCGUCACUACAGAUGGGACCGAGUCGUCCCCAGACAGCCUGGAAGUAAGUGACGGUGUAAUACGUAGCGACUCACAAGAAAGUUUGGAGAAACUGAGAAGAGUGCUGGAGGAUGAAGGUGAAGAAUCCCAGAGUCCAAAUAUUUCAAACAACACCGUUUUAGAAAUGGACGAUUCCGAAAAUAUUGAUAAAAUCCCGACAGCGGUAAAAAAAGUCUCAACUUUUGGAAAGUAUGGAGAAAACUUUGAGCUAUACAACUCAGCCUACAAGACAUUAGAAAUGCCAAAAAACACUCAAAUCAGAAAGUUUGACUUUGGACCAAAUGCUCACACCUCCGGGGACGAUAGUACCAUCACCCCAGGAAUAUCCCCAGACAGGGGAUUUGAAUUUGGAGCAUCAAACAUAUUUAAAGACCUCCAGGGGACCUCAAAACAGGACAAAAGCACACAACCAGUACAUAAUCUUACUCACGGGAGUGCGGACAAGAACCAGGCUGAGGGUGGAUCGAGUAGCCCCCGGUUUGGUAUUGCCCUCACUGCUAGUGUGUCAAGAUCGAACACCUUAAAACCCCCCAAAAGCACAGGAGCAGUGCCUAAAAGUACCAGGACUAGGAUACCAAGUGACCCUAGAAUAAAAAUACAUGCGAUGACCUCAGACAUACCCCAAAGCGUAGCGCAGACCAUUUUCUCCACCGGAAACCAGACAUCGGAAGAUGAUCUAAAUACUGCACAAGGUCACAAAUAUAGGGUGAGUUCAAGUCGUAAUCGGUCCCCAUCCAUCACCCCCAAGUCAUUGAAGGCAACCAGGCUACAACAUCCGUAUAAAUCUGUGAGUACCCAAGGGGCUAAAACUAAUUCUACUAAUCUGGGAUCAUCUGACCAUCCCAGAGGGACUCCCACGCAAAAAUUUUUUUCUCAAAAAAGUUCGGAGAAUGGACUUGAACAAAUGGUGACAAAAGUAACCACAAACAACGUCCCAUCGGAACCCCCAGUUGCAAAGAGCACUACGGGAAGCUCCACCGUACACACAGACAAAACACCAUCCGGAAAGCCCAAAAUCCCACCCACGAAAAAAAGUUUGGAAAAAGCUGAUGUGCUUAAAACCAGCGACACACAUGCAGAACUCGAAAGUAUAGAGAAUACUGUUAGACUGUUAGCAAAAAUCGACGAGCCGAAUCGAAAAAGCUCGGAGAAAACCACCGCAAAAUUCGAAAGUAUAGAGAAUACAGAUAGACUACCAGCAAAAAUAGACGAGGUGAACAGAAAAAGCUUGGAGAACACUGAUUUGUUUGAUUCUAAACUAACCGACUUAGAACUCGAAAGUAAGGAGAACGCUGCUGGGCACAUUACAGACACAGUCGAACCUAACAAAGAAAGUUGGGAGAAAUUUAAUAGCGGCACGUACAGCGACAGUACAGAACCGUGCGAUAACUCCGACAAUAAUACGAGCGAUACAUCCAACGAAAGUCUAGAUUCCUAG